UUUUGUACAACUACAGGUUUUAGAGAAUAAUAGUAGGCCACUUGUCUGUGAAUCUUAUCAUAAUCAUGGAAUUUCCAGAACCUCAAGAUCAUUGUACCAAUAUGAUGUCACAAAUGUAUAACUUGAGUCAGGGUCAAAGUCUUUGCGAUCUUUCCAUUGUUGCUGGUAAUGAAAUAUUUGAAGUUCAUAAAUGUGUUUUUGCUGCUGCUUCUGCUACUUUAAAAAAAAUGAUUCUCAGAGAAAAUCAAAAACAACAUGGUGGAAUGGUAAAAUUAUCCCCGAAAGGUGUGACUGCUGUAGGAAUCAAAAAUUUGGUUUCGUAUGUAUACACAGGGAAAAUACCUCGCAAAAGUAAUAUUAGAGGGAUGAAGGCAUUUGAAAAAGCAUGUGAAUUUUUUGGUAUUUUUAAUAAAAAUUCUAUUAUCUCUUCAAGCCUUUUUGAUGAAGUUGAAUUGGAUAACUUAAAGGAAAAUAUCUCAGUUGCUGAGAAAAAUGACAAAGAAAAUUCAAUUGAAAAAGAAGAUGCAGAUGAAGUUCAAGUUGAAACUGACGUUGAGGAAAUCCAAGAUGACAAUGUACAGAAUUCAAAUUUGAAUGAAGAUGUCGAAUAUGUCGAAAUUUUCUCCGCUGAUAACUCUGAAGAUGAUGAACCACCAGAAUCACAACUUGUUGUUCACAUUCUUCGUCCUGACGAUUCUUCUUCAGACUCUGACAGAUCUUAUAAUCCAGUUAAUGCAGACGGAACUGAUUCUUCAGACACUGAUAUUGAUGAUGAAUCUCCUAUUAAAUCUCUUAAUCGUGGUAAAGAGAACAUUAAUAAAAGCGAAGAGCCAUCUAAGAAAAAAAGAAAAGUACGAAGAUCCAAAUCUAAAAAUUAUGUUGCUGGUCUGGAUAUAAGCUCAUUAUUUUCUGUGAAGAAAAAGUCUGGUGAAAGAAAUUCAUUGAUUGAUACUAAUGAUAUUGAUUUUGAAGUGGAAGAUGAACAAUUUUUGAAGCCCAAACUUGGUAGGAAUAUCGCUUCGCCGUUUCCAUUUGAUCCAGACAAUUGUCUCAAACGAGGCAGACCAAAAGCUGCAAAUGAUGGAAUAUUUCCAAACAAACCACCUUUCGCUUGUCCUCAUGAAAAUUGUGACAGAGUUUACGAUACUAGAGAGAAGUGUAAAAAGCAUUAUAGAGUUCAUGAUGAGAAGAAACAUGCUUGUGAACAUUGUGGACGGAAGUUUUUAUAUAAUAAAGAUUUAAUCAGUCACAUUCGUACCCACACUGGUGAAAAACCAUUUCAAUGCGAAGUCUGCGAUGCCAAAUUUGCACAGAAAUCAACUUUGACUAGUCACAAGAAAGUACACAUUGUUGAUGUUCCAAUGUACUACUGUGAGCAAUGCGGACAACAAUAUAGAUCUGAAAAAGGCUUGCGAAAUCAUGCUAAAUUACACACACAAGAGGGAAUGGCAAUCGCAGUGGAGAAAGGAAAACCCCACUCAUGUCCAAUUUGCGCAAAACGAUACUGUAACGAACUAGGUGUUAAACAACAUUUAAAACGCUCUCAUCCAGAAAGUGAAAUGGUAAAACAGAUGCCAAGACUUCCUCGUGCUAAAAAAACAGAUGAACAAAGAGAAAUGGAAUUGCAAUCUGCAGUUGAAAUUCAUGAAGGCAUCGGUGAGACUGUAAUUGAAUUUACAGAGACACCAGAUGAUGAUCAUCACCAAUCUGAAUACAUUUGUAAUGGACCAGAAGCUCAUUACAUUUGUGGCGAAUGUGGUGCUACAUUUAAAACGGAAGAAGAAGGUAAUGAGCAUCAAUGCAUGUCGGACAAAACUCAAGCUGAAAAACUUGAUGCUGUGGCAGCAGCUGUGUCAUCUAUAGGAGGUGUAGAAACCUCCGAAGCAUGUGACGUCAAAAUACUCAAUUUGGAAAAUAUGUUUUAACAAUAGAUUUCGAUUUUAUUCAGUGGGUAUUGAAUACUUGUUUUGGGUAACUUGAAAUAUGCACUACUGCUAGCUAUAUCUGUUGAAGUAUGAAUUUAGGGCUUAUAAGGCCCCAUUAGCUAAUUCUUAUUGUGAGUGCAUAAAUACUCACGAAAUGCGGCAAAUGGUGUAUUCCUUAUAUUGCUGUGAGGUGAAGUGUUUAUACUGGUGGACAUUUUAGGGUUUGUGAGAAAUGUAAAUUUCAAAAUGCCUCAUUUUUUCAAUAACUCUAGCUUUCUCAUUGUAAGAUAUAAAUGUAAAAUGCCGAAACCUGCCUUAAUUAGUAGUUAGUUUGCUUCUCUAUUGAUAUGAUCUGUAUAACACCAACUUGUUAUGUAUAUCAGGAAGGUUAUUUGAGACUGGAAAAUAACGUGCAACUGUAAAACUCACAAUAAUGGUUUUCUUUAACUUUCUCAACAUAGCAAAUUUUAAAUUUAAAACUACUUUUGUUUUGAUAUUAAACCGAGAAUGAAGAAUAGCCUGUGUUUACUUUGUGUUCCAUUUUACUCUUCAUUUAUAAUGAAUAGAAGCCUUAAAACUAUUAACAACUAUUAAAACUAUUGUGCUGAACAUUCAAAUUAAUGUCACCGUAGUAUUAGAUAAACUCUAUUUUUUGUUCUGUUUUUAGGCUUCUAGAUUUUUUUUCAAUGUUUCAAAUGCUAUUUUCCAAUUUGUCUGACUAGCUUGGCAUUUUUAUCAUCUCACAAUUUAUAUUUAUAGUUAAAUAAGCCUUUGGUGAAUGGCCGGAUACAUUUUUGUUCAUUUUGUCAUAAUAUUUCGAUGUUCAGUUCUAAUAAAAAAUAUUUGAACUGUUGAAAUUGUCUUUAAAUAUCAAUGUUGCCACUAUUUGUACAUACGUUUAAAACUUUUUUAUACUUAUGUUGGAAACUUCAAAAUUUGUGUUUCUCUUUUGUAG